GUUGGGCUUUUUAAAGUGAACUUCCGGUGGUUUAAGCGUUUUAGCUUGUUGUUGCUAAAGUCUUAACUACAUGUGUUGAUAUCUGUCGAAAUAAACCGAAAUAAACGAACAACGACCACAGAAAUGGACAUACUGAAAGCUGAGAUCGCGAGGAAAAGAAAACUCAUCGAAGACAAAGAGCUUGUUGACGACUCCAAAAAAUUCUUCAAAAGGUCCGAUCUUGCACGCAAGGAACAAGAAGACUACUUCAGAAGAUGUGGAUAUAAGGUUCAGAGAGAGACUCCUGAGAGCCAGAUUGCCAAGAAAGAAGAAGAUGAGCCAUCCACGUCAGCUAAUCCAGUGUUAGAACUGGAACUAACAGAAGAGAAGCUGCCGAUGACACUGUCACGACAGGAGGUAAUUCGACGACUCAGAGAACGAGGGGAACCAGUCCGACUGUACGCAGAGUCGGAUUAUGAUGCUUUCCAGAGACUCAGGAAGAUUGAGAUUCUGACCCCAGAAGUGAACAAGGGCUUGAGGAAUGACCUUAAAGCAGCCAUGGACAAGAUUGACUUGCAGUACCUGAAUGAGAUUGUCGGGGGAACAGAGCCAGGAGAGGUGGACACACAACACGACCUGAAAGUGCAUGAAGAACACACCACGAUAGAAGAAUUGGAGGUUCUCGGUAAAACUCUGGGCAAAGGAGAUGACAAUGGAGACCAGGAUCUUAUCGACAAGUUUUUGAGGUUUCUUCUUGGUGUUUGGGCCAAAGAUCUGAACAAACGAGAGGACCACGUGAAGAGAAGUGUUCAGGGCAAGCUGGCCAGCGCAACUCACUCACAGACUGAGUCGUACCUCAAACCUCUCUUCAGGAAGCUCAGGAAGAAGAAUUUACCAGCUGACAUCAAAGAGUCAAUCACGGACAUCAUUAAAUUCAUGCUGGAAAGAGAAUACGUCAAGGCAAAUGAUGCCUACCUGCAGAUGGCCAUUGGUAAUGCUCCCUGGCCUAUCGGUGUGACCAUGGUGGGUAUCCACGCUCGUACUGGGCGAGAAAAGAUCUUCUCCAAGCAUGUGGCCCACGUUCUCAACGACGAGACGCAGAGAAAAUACAUCCAGGGACUGAAGAGGCUAAUGACGAUCUGCCAGAAACACUUCACGACUGUUCCAUCAAAGUGUGUCGAGUACAACGCUCUUUAACUUCUAACUUCAGCUAAGCUUAUGCCGAGGCUGUCGGGUAUCAAGAGAGGUUUUUUUUUCUCAAUUAUGGUUCUGGCAUGACAGUGUGGUUGUGGGAGAAAUUUCUCAAAAUCUUAUAUAUCAAGGGCCUUCAAGUACAUCUGGAUUUUGUGGCCUUAGAAAGUAAUUUAAAGAGAUGUUGGGUGAUUAAGACCAGAUCACAAUUGUGCUCUAUGAAGAGAUAAAUGAAAAUAUCUCAGAUUUAAGAGGAGAACACUCAACAACCUUUAAGUCCUAUUAGACUUGUCCUUGUGAACCACUGGGAAAAUGGAUGCACCUGUCAUGUCAUUGAUAGUCACAAGUCUAACUGAGAACAUGUUUGUUUAUGGAUCCUCUAAGGACAUCCAAACCAUUGUUGCAGGAAAUUUAAAACCCUAAAAAGGGUUUAACUUAUUCUGUUAAUAAUUGCUUUCACAAGUUUUUCAAAGAUUAAAUUUCACGAUGUAGGAUAGACAAAGUGUCAUUUGCCAAGGAAGAUCCAGUCGUGUGAGUUUUAUUACAUCUGAGAUAUGCCCGUUCUUAACUCUUUAUUGACACGCUGAAAUCAAUGCAGCUCCAGUUAUAUGUGUAGGUUUGAGUUCUCAGCAGAUAUUUCAACCAAUCAAUGUGUCUUUGUACUAUCUUAGUAAGAAAAUAAAGAGUUGUUUUGUUAUACCGGCUGUUGGGAUUGUUAGUUUUUAUGCAGUGUGAAAAGUUAAUUUUCCUUCUUCAAGAUAAUUUUGUUCUGUUGUAGUUGUUGAGAUUUGCUCUCUCUUAUCUUCUGCAGCUGGACUGCUGAAUGGGACUAUUUUUAGCCACCAUAGUUUUUUUUUGGUCAUUAGAAAAUGUGUCUGCAGGGAAACGGUUUCUAAUAAAGGACUCUGUAAAUGUGCAAUGACAUGCUUCAGUAAAAUGUUGGAUUGCU